CCUCUGCUCACUAGACUUCAGCUAAGAUUGCGCGAUUUACCUGACGAACCACAUGUGAAUGUCUGCUUUGAUCUCCCGAGUCUCACAAAGCUCGAUAUAGAUCAAUAUUAUGGAACCACAGAUUUUCUCACGAGCUUUGAAAGAUGUAAAUGUAUAAAUGUUCUAAGAUGUUCUUCCACCAUGGGUGCCGAUGAAUGGGACACACUCAAGCAUCAUUUGUCUAGAUAUACAUGGCCUAAGCUCUCAAUUUUGAAUCUUUCUGGCUCAAUCCAUUAUACACGUGUUCAGGAAAAAGAGCCAGCUAAGAUAGAUGUGGAUGAAAUAUGGAAUUCCUACAAAAUCCGAAUCUUGAUCUGACACAAAAACCUAUUUGACUGAAACCGAUUUUCUUUGUCAAAAAAUGUGAUAGGCUUGGAUAUCAUGAAUUUUAUUACUUUGUUAGAAAUUUUAUCUUAUGUUGAGAUCUAUCAAGUUUUACACAAUAACCAUCAAUUUUUCUAGUGUUGUGAUUUGUUAUAUUCUCAAGAAAGAUUAUUGGGUCUACCCAAGAUGUACUUGCUGCAAAGAGUUAUGCAAAGAGUUAUCGC